AUGAUGCUGCCCGAUGGAGGACCUAUCAGCCAGGUACCGGCACAGCACAUGAAGAUGGAAAGGAGAAGGGGUAGCUCCCGACGUGCUGUGGCGGCCGCGAUUUGUGCUUUCGGUGCUUGCCUAUGCUUCACUGGCAAUGUGAUAAGCCGACCUAGUCGAGAAGGCCAGUUUGUGGCCCGAUCCGCGGUGAAGUUUGUUUCUCGGAAGAAGGCCAAGUAUGCACCAGUUGAUCCAAACCAGUUCUACUUAGAUACGCUCGGUGGAGAUGGCGGACCUCCCAAAGGUUUGGAGAGGGAUCUUAUCACAAAAUGCUUCGGGGACGGCGACUUCCACGGGCGAGGAGACCAUGAAGCCGCUUUCGAAUCCUUCAAGGAGUGCAUGCAGAAGGGUGAGCCCUUCACUGGCCCCGACGAUGAAAGUGGCUGGGUCUGGGCGGUGGCGGAUCUGACCGUGGAAGGCGGCUUGAACUUGGAGCUUAGAAGGUCAACGCCGCUGGGCAUGCGUGCCCUGAUGGUGGCGCGAGCUGGCAACGCAGACGAGAUGUUUGAAUCCGUGAGUUGGCGCACGGUCAGGCGGCGUUUCAACGAAAUCUUGGGACAUCGAGAUGCCGAUGGCAAAGAUGUACCGGGCUUCGAGCCUGCAUGA